GGACAGAUCCAUGUAUUCCAGGCCUUGACCAAGCCCUCCAUCCAGGCCAGCAGCACCGCAGUCUCAGAAACUACAGGCCCCGUGGUCUUCACCUGCCUCACCAAACACAACGGAAUCUCCAUCUCCUGGUUCCAUGAUGGUGAAAGACUGCGGCUCACGGAGAGGAUGAAGCUGUCCCAGGACAACAGCUCCCUCACCAUAAACCCUGUCAGGGUGGAGGAUGCUGGGAAGUAUCAGUGUGAGGUCUGCAACCCAGGCAAUGCCCAGAGAAGUGACUCCCUCACCCUGACUGUGGAAGGUGUCGGGUCUGAAGGAGGUCAGGUCCUCUCUGCUGGGGCCAUCACCGGCAUCGUGAUUGCAGUUGGGGUGUUCCUGGUCGCCGCCCUGGGAUGUUUCCUGUUCCGCACCAGGACUAAAGGCAGCCAGAGUGAUCCUGGACAUCAGCAGCCCCCGGCAUCCACCUCUGGUCGUGAUCAAUCUGACAACUCUGCUUCCAUGCACCCCCUGUAUGCCAACCAGGCGGCUGUUCCCAUCUAUGAGGAUUUACUUAAACCUGACACAAACAUUUACUGUAAGAUCCACCCACGCUGAAGAAUGUCUCCAAGACCUGUUUCAGAGAGGCCGAGAAGAGGUGACCAUUUCAACCCGGGCUCAAGCAGAGUCAGGAAAAAGGCCUCCCAACCCGCUGCCUGCAAUAGGGCAGGGCUUCCAGGGCAAUGGACUGUAGUCCUCAAUCUGGUGACCACAGACCAUCUGGAAAAGACCUGACUACUGAGAUAUUUCCCUCUCAUUUGGUCUCUUUCUGCUCAUGAACAUGAUACCUUCAUAAAACUCACGUGAACA